AUGGCGACAAUUGAAGAUAUAAAGGAAACGGCGUUAAUCCCCUUCCAAAAGCACAGGCAACUUUCCAUGCAUGAAGCAGAAGUAAUAACUUUGGAGAUUAUAGGCCUAUUGUGUGAUUCAGAAUGUAAGGAUGAAAAGACACUUAAAUAUCUUAGUCGGUUUCUCACUCCCGAUAUGUAUCAAGAUUUAGUGGAUGAGAGGAAUCUUAACAAAAGAUGCGGAUAUCCCCUUUGUGGGAAAUCACCAGAAAGGAUACGUGAUCCUUUUUCAAUGAGUGACACCACUAAGAAAUUUUUGUUAGAAAAUAAUCCAUAUGCAUAUUUAUCACACUUUUGUAGCAAGUUUCACUUUAGGUGCUCCCAAUUUUAUCAAGUUCAACUAUCGGAUGAAGCUUUGUUUGCAAGAACUGGGGUUCAUUUAUUUGAAGAUCCUGAACAGGACAAGCACGAUAUAGACUUCAAGAUAACCUUGUUCGAGGAACUGUUAAGGGAGAAGGCGUCCGAAGAAGAUAUCAAAUCAUUGAUAUCAGGUCUUAAGAAAUUAGGAUUGAAUGCCGACGAUGAGAAUACAAAUAAAAACGAUACCGAGUUAGAAGACGACUUAUCGAAGUGGUUAGCACAAAUCAAGAUUGUUGAGAAUGAUAAUCCUAGCGUUUUAGGGGAUUUCACGAAGGAAGAUUGA